AUGAGACUUGAGCAGUCGAACCUAAGAAGUGCCAAAAAACUGGAAUCCAAGAAGAGACCAUGGCUCGACCAAAAGAAAACGACGUCCGGCGAUAGUUUUGAUGGUGAAAGUCUAGUGCUGCUUAUUCAAAAACUGCAGGAAAACAAAGUCGAUGGAUUCGAAAACUAUACUCAGAUGGUGGAGAGGCAGAAGAUUAUCGACGAGCAGAUUAAGCGAAUGAGAACAAUCGCGAAACCGCCAGCAGAGGUUCUACGGAAGAUUUCAGACGGGACACUGCGCGAGUUGCAAGGAUUCCUUAACGACAAGAAUCAAUUGAAGGAAGCAAGACGAGUUGGUAGGGAUCCAGUCACCCCGCGAAGCCUGAAAACUCUCAACGGCUCGCAAUGGCUCAACGACGAGGUCAUCAACUCCUACAUCCACCUUGUCAAGGAACGGGAGAACCAGGACGGCAGUCGGAGGAUGAUUACCAUGAACUCGGCGUUCGUCAGCUCCUUCAAAGAAUCCGGGUACGGCCGAGUAGCGCGGUGGGCGAAGAAGGCAGGCGCAGCGGGCGAGGAAAUCCUAGGAUUAAAGGGUAUUAUUAUUCCAAUACAUCGGAAUUUCCACUGGACGCUGGCGUUUGUCAAUGUUGAAAAGAAACGGUUCGAAUACUACGACUCACUGGCGGGAAACUGGGACCCCAUUUCACUUUUGAGGACCUGGAUGAAGAAUGAGGUUGGAUCGAAGUACAUCGACGGUGAAUGGGAGGACUUUUAUCCCGGAUCCCAGACCCCACAACAAGGGAACGGGUAUGACUGUGGAGUUUUUCUUUGUAAGACGGCAGAGGUUAUCGCUCGAGGUGGUGUUCUGAAUUUCUCACAGAAAGAUAUUCCGGUGAUUCGAAAGAUGAUGCAGGUAGAACUGCUGAAGGGAGAUCUGGCGGCCCUAUAG